AAAAAAUUAGUAUUUUUUUUAAUUAAAUUUCCCUAAUACUUUUCAAAUUUAUAUUACUAAUAUAUAUGCGAAAGUGAGAUAGUGAUUUAGACUUCAUCGUAGAAAAUGGCUUUACUCGCAAGAAACAUCUGCAAAGUACUUUCACAGAAUGCUCAGAAAGGAGCUGUCAGGUCUUUACAUGUUGGAACAGUACGUUUGCAAGAAUCGGCAAUUGAACAAGAAGGAAAAGUAAAAUGUACCCUUAUACCAGGAGAUGGUGUAGGACCAGAAUUAGUUGUUUCUGUUCAAAAUGUUUUCAAAGCUGCAAAUGUACCUGUUGAAUUUGAACCUUAUUUUCUCUCAGAAGUAAAUCCAACUUUAAGUGCACCACUUGAACAAGUAUCUAAUAGUAUUGCAAGAAAUCGAGUAUGCUUAAAGGGUAUUUUGGCAACACCAGAUCAUUCUCAUACUGGAGAGCUUCAAACUUUAAAUAUGAAAUUACGUAAAAGUUUAGAUUUGUAUUCAAAUGUUGUUCAUGUAAAAUCUUUACCUGGUGUUAAAUGUCGUCAUAAAAAUGUAGAUUGUAUUAUCAUUAGAGAACAAACAGAAGGAGAAUAUUCUGCAUUAGAGCAUGAAUCUGUAAAAGGUGUAGUAGAAUGUUUAAAAAUAGUAACUGCAACUAAAAGUCAAAGGAUUGCAAAAUUUGCAUUUGAUUAUGCAGUAAAACAUAAUCGUAAAAAAGUCACUUGUGUUCACAAAGCCAAUAUCAUGAAACUUGGUGAUGGUCUUUUUUUAAAAUCAUGCCAAGAAAUUGCUAAAAUGUAUCCUAGAAUUACAUUUGAAACAAUGAUUGUAGACAAUUGUACAAUGCAAAUGGUGUCCAAUCCACAUCAAUUUGAUGUAAUGGUAUUGCCAAAUUUAUAUGGUAACAUUUUGGACAAUUUAGCAUCUGGAUUGGUUGGUGGUGCUGGUGUAGUUGCAGGUGCUAGUUAUAGUCCUGAAUGUGUUGUUUUUGAACCAGGUGCAAGGCAUACAUAUUCAGAAGCUGUUGGUAAAAAUGUUGCAAAUCCUACUGCUAUGCUUUUAUGUGCAGUAAAACUUUUACGCCAUGUGAAUUUAAAACGUUAUUCUGAACAAAUUAAAGAUGCAUUAAAUCGUGUUCUAAAUGAUGGAAAAGUAUUAACAAAAGAUUUAGGUGGUCAGAGUUCUACAACAGAAUUUACAACUGCUGUAAUACAUUGUCUUCGUUAAUUUUGAGUUUAUAUUAAUUUUAAAAAAAUUCAUGUAAAAUAGAAUAAUAGUAUUCGUUUCAUGUGGUCAAGAAUAUUUAAUAUAACUGUGUUCAAUUACAUAGUAUUAUUGCAUCACAAAUCUAAUUUAUCUGCUUUGAGCAUUAGAAUUUUAUUUAGAAAAGAAUAUAUAUUAUAAAUAGAAAAAAUCAACAUUUUUUGUGUCAACAUCAUAUUUAUAACUGCAGGGUUUGUAAUCAAACAAACCAAUUGUAUGAUAAUAUUAUAAAAUUCAAAUUGUACAUUAAUAAAUUAUACUACCUCA